CAAUCAGAUUACAAAUCUGCCCCGAAUUUGCAGUAAAGCUACAGUCAGUCGACUGUUGCACAACCAUGAGAUUUAACAGAUGUAAGUGUAAAACAGAGUUCUUCUCCUGAGGUCACCUAUAUGUGAACCCUGGUAGGGGUUGAGAGCAGCAGUCAUGGGGACUGGCAGUCAGGUGCGACUGCUCCUUUGGAAAAACUGGACAGUCCGCAAGAGACAAAAGGCACGGCUAUUUGUGGAGAUCAUGUGGCCUGUGGUGUUAUUCAUUGGACUGGUUUGGCUGAGAAAAGCAAACCCCCUCUACCGACAACAUGAAUGUCAUUUUCCAAACAAAGCAAUGCCCUCCGCUGGCAUCCUCCCUUGGAUCCAAGGAAUCUUCUGCAAUGCCAACAACCCGUGUUUCCAGCAUCCUACCCGUGGAGAGUCUCCAGGUCCUGUGUCUAACUACAACAACUCAAUACUGGCCCGGUUCUGGGCAGAUGCCCAAGAACUCCUGUUCGAAGAUCCCGAGUUCCUGCAGUUGGGAAGGUUGUGGAGAGAACUCACAGCCAUGAGCAACUUCAUGGACACACUCCGGACCAAUCCCGAACUGAUUUCAGGUCGAGGCGUGAAGGUGGAGAACAUUUUGAAGGAUGACGAAACCCUCACUUCAUACCUGCUUAGAGACGUUCCUCUGACAGACUCUGUGGUAUAUCAGCUGGUCAAUGCCCAGAUCAGACCUGAACAGUUUGCAUAUGGAGUCCCUGAUGUUCAACUGAAGGACAUCGCCUGCAGUCAGACUCUUCUUGAGCGCUUUCUCAUUUUCCCAAGCCGCCGAGGCCUGUACGCUGUUCGCAAUGCAAUCUGUCCUCUCACCCCACAUCGUCUUCAGAUCAUCGAGGACAAAUUUUACUCUAACCUUGACUUCUUCAAGCUUUUCCGUCUGCUUCCUCUAGUUCUUGACAACCACUCCAAUGGUCUCGACUUGCACUUCUGGGCCCGACUCCUGCCUGCUGUCUCUGAGAAACUGGGAGUGCUGUUUGACAGAAACAGUUCUAAAGACUUGCUGCAGGUCAUCUCACCCCUGCUUCAGUCUCAGGAGACUCCAUCUUUCAGCCAGAUAAUGGCCACCACCUCCAGUUUGUUCUGCGGCUACUCGGAGGGGGCUUUCUCUAGGGUCACCUCCUUCAACUGGUAUGAGGAUAAUAACUACAAAGCCUUUCUGGGCAUUAACAGCACCCGUGGACAGGAAAAGUAUAACUACGAUCAGGCGGCCACUCCGUUUUGUAAUGACCUCAUGAAGGAUUUGGAAUCCAAUCCGGUCACAAGGAUUGUGUGGAGCUCCGUCAAGCCUUUCUUGAUGGGCAAAAUCCUGUAUGCACCCGACUCCCCCGCCGUCAGGCAGAUCAUUAAAAACGCAAACACCACCUUUGAGGAAUUAGAAAGACUAAUAAACCUAGGUCGGGCAUGGGAGGAGGUGGGCCCACAGGUGUGGACAUUCUUUAAGGAAAGUGUACAGAUGAACAUGCUUAGGGAUUCCAUUAGAAACCCCACAGUCAUGGAUUACAUUAACAAAGGCCUAGAGGAAACUGUGUUUAGAGGCGAGCAUGUCCUAAACUUCCUGUACAAUGGCCCUGAAGAAGACAGAGGUCAGGACUUGCCGAGCUUUGACUGGCGGAACAUCUUCAACUUCACUGACCAAGUUGUUCGCCUGAUAAACCGAUAUGGGGAGUGCCUAGUCCUGGAUAAGUUCACCGCCAUCUCUGAUGAAGACCAGUUAACACAUCAAGCACUAGACCUUCUAGAAAAAAGUAAGUUCUGGGCUGGUUUGGUUUUUGUGGACAUGUACCCCUGGACCACGAAGGUGCCACCUCACGUCAAAUUUAAGAUCCGCAUGGACAUUGACAUUGUGGAGCGCACCAACAAGAUCAAAGACAGAUACUGGGACCCAGGGCCAAGAGCUGACCCCAUGGAUGACCUGCGGUACGUAUGGGGAGGAUUUGCCUACCUGCAAGACAUGAUAGAGCAUGGAAUUAUAAAGACGCACACAGGGAAGGAACGACCCUUAGGUGUCUACGUACAGCAGAUGCCAUACCCUUGUUAUGUGGAUGACCUCUUCAUGCUAACUCUGAAUCGCUGCUUUCCGAUCUUCAUGGUGCUGGCCUGGGUCUACUCUGUCUCUAUGACAGUUAAAAGUAUUGUGUUGGAGAAGGAGAUGAGGUUGAAGGAGACUCUGAAGGCCAUGGGCGUUACCAACAGUGUGCUGUGGUGCACAUGGUUCAUCGACACUUUCGUCAUCAUGGCCUCUAGCACAGCCCUGCUCACUUUGAUUAUCAUGGGAGGAAAGGUGUUGAACUACAGCAAUCCCAUGAUCCUCUUCCUCUUCCUGCUCACAUUCACCAUGGCAACCAUCAUGCAGUGCUUCCUCAUGAGUGUGUUUUUCAACAAAGCCAACCUGGCAGCGGCCUGCAGCGGCAUCAUAUACUUCACUCUGUACCUGCCACACAUAGUGUGUUUCGCCUGGCAAGACCGCAUUACCAGCGACAUAAAAAUCAUGGCGAGCCUGAUGUCCCAAGUUGCAUUUGGUUUCGGGACGGAGUAUCUGUCCCGUUAUGAGGAGCAGGGACUCGGGCUCCAAUGGGACAACAUCCAGACCAGCCUUCUGGAAGGAGACGAGUUUUCGUUUCUCACCUCCAUCAUCAUGUUGGCAGUGGACACGGUUCUUUAUGCUAUUCUUGCGUGGUACCUCGACAGUGUUUUCCCAGGGCAGUACGGUAUCGGACGGCCUUUUUAUUUUCCAAUCCAGCCUUCAUACUGGUUGAACCGACCUGAGCUCCUUAAACCAAUCUCUGCAAAGCCAGUGAAGAAGAAGUCUACAUCUGAUAAAGCAGUCAACCAUACUGAAGACUACGACAAGGACCGUACAGCAGAGGAACAGAAGAAACAUACAGAGCAGUCUCGAUCCUGCAAACAUGGAGACCUACGAGACCAAAUCGAGACAGAAAAGAGGCUUGGUGAGAAAGAAACAACAAAUGAGCGCAUGAGCAUGGGUUCAUCAGAAAGGCAGUUUUUCGAGCCUGAGCCGGUUGGUCUGGUGGCGGGAGUGUGUGUGGAGAACCUGUAUAAGGUUUUCGGUGGCAGCUUCAGACCUGCUGUAGAUGGGUUGAGCAUCACUUUCUAUGAGGGUCAGAUCACAGCCUUCCUGGGCCACAACGGUGCGGGGAAAACCACUACCAUGUCUAUUCUCACAGGCAUGUUUCCCCCUACCUCUGGUAAGGCCUUUAUUUAUGGGAAAGACAUCCGGACGGAAAUGGACGCCAUCCGCAAAUCGCUAGGAACGUGUCCCCAACAUAACAUCAUCUUUCACCAUAUGACAGUAGCAGAGCACAUACUGUUUUACUCUCUGCUGAAGGGAAGACCAUUUCCCGAAGCCCAGCUGGAAGUGGAAAACAUGCUGGAAGAUCUUGGUCUUCCUCACAAGAGAAAUGAGCAAGUGCAAAAUCUGUCAGGUGGUAUGCAAAGGAAGCUUUCCGUUGCCAUGGCUUUUGUCGGUGGUGCAAAAGUGGUGUUUCUGGAUGAACCCACAUCAGGAGUGGAUCCAUAUUCCAGACGAUCCAUCUGGGACUUGCUGCUGAAAUUCCGUGCUGGUCGUACAGUGAUCCUGUCCACACACCACAUGGAUGAAGCGGACCUGCUGAGCGAUCGCGUGGCCGUCAUCUCUCGGGGUCGACUGCACUGUUGUGGGUCUCCUCUCUUCCUGAAGAACUCUCUGGGUGCUGGGUUCUACCUCACUCUGGUGCGGCGCAUUAAAGAGGAAUCGCCCUGUGAUAGGAAAGAGGGUCAGUGUGACUGUUCAGAGGACUGCACGUGUACGUGUUCACUUUGUACAAAGUUUAAAGAGAACAGCAAGGACCUGCCUAAAAUGACAGGAAGACAGAUGGAAGGGGACAUUAAGAGCAUCACGGACCUUGUGCACCAUCAUGCUCCAGACGCCAGGCUGAUUGAAGUCAUAGGUCAAGAACUGACCUUCCUGCUGCCUAGCAGAGGCUUUAGACAUCGCUCGUAUGCCAGUUUGUUCAGAGAACUAGAGGAGACACUCAAGGACAUCGGGUUAAGCAGUUUUGGAGUUUCAGACUCAUCUCUGGAGGAGGUCUUUCUGAAAGUCACAUCUGAUGGAGAGACUUCUGACAGCAGUGCUGUAUCAGAUGGAGACGGGUCUGUGUACACUAACGGUCAGUCAAACCCUGGAAGUUCAUUCAGCAAAGAGGGCAGAGGAUCCAGACAGGUGAAAGGAGUCUUUUUGGUCCUCAAACAGCUUUUUGCUUUGCUCAUUAAGAGAUUUCAUCACAGCACACGAUCUGGAAAAGACUUUCUAGCCCAGAUUGUGUUGCCGGCGAGUUUUGUCCUGGUUUCUCUUAUGUUCACUCUUAUUGUUCCUCCGUUUGGAGAAUAUCCCAGCCUGACCUUGAGCCCUUGGAUGUACGGCAGACAGUUCACAUUCUUCAGUAACGAACAGAUGCAAAGCCCAGAAAUGAGGUAUUUUGGUGAGGUGCUUCUAAACAGACCUGGAUUUGGAACUCGCUGUAUGGCGGAUGAACCUUUAGAAGACUAUCCAUGUAAUAACAUAACCACAGAGUGGGAGAUGCCCCUUGUUAACCCCGCCCUCAUAGACAUGUUGGCUGACCCGAAGUGGACUUAUGUCAGUCCAUCACCCAGCUGCCAGUGCAGCACGCCCGACAAACUCACCAUGUUACCUGUGUGCCCGGAGGGUGCUGGGGGUCUUCCGCCUCCUCAGAGAAUUCAAUCCACUGGGGAUGUUUUGCUGGACCUGACUGGCAGGAAUAUUUCUGAUUAUUUGGUAAAGACUUACCCAAGCUUAAUAAGGACAAGCUUGAAAAGCAAGUACUGGGUAAAUGAACAAAGAUAUGGAGGCAUCUCAGUCGGGGGAAGACUUCCUGUUCUGGAUUUGGAUUCUAAAACCAUCCAGAAUGUUGCGUCUCAGCUAGGACGUUUGCUUAAUGUCACAGGGGGUAGAUACUCAAGACUUUCUCUAAAGGAGUUUGGUACUUUCUUGAGGUAUAUGGAGACUGAAAACAAUGUCAAGGUGUGGUUCAACAACAAAGGCUGGCAUGCCAUGGUGGCUUUCAUGAAUGUGGCUAAUAACGCCAUCCUUCGUGCCAACCUGCCUCCCGGUGCCAAUUUAAAUGAGUUUGGCAUUACAGCCAUCAAUCAUCCACUGAACCUAACCAAGGAACAGCUGUCAGAGGUGACAGUACUGACCACCUCAGUGGAUGCAGUAGUUGCCAUAUGCGUGAUCUUUGCUAUGUCCUUCGUACCGGCCAGUUUUGUGCUUUAUUUGAUCCAAGAGAGAGUGACGCAAGCCAAACACUUGCAGUUUGUGAGUGGCGUCGGUCCUCUGGUCUACUGGACUGCUAACUUUUUCUGGGAUAUGGUAAACUAUGCUGUCAGCGUGGCGAUGGUCGUGGGGAUUUUUAUUGCAUUUGACAAGAAAUGCUACACCUCGCCGGAGAACCUACAAGCUUUGAUAGCUCUGUUGAUGCUUUAUGGUUGGUCUGUGACGCCCCUGAUGUAUCCAAUGUCAUACGUGUUUAAUGUGCCUAGCACAGCUUAUGUCUCUCUGUCCUGCAUCAACCUCUUCAUUGGCAUCAACAGCAGUGCCAUCACAUUCAUCCUGGACUUGUUUGAUAAUACACAGGCUCUGUAUAUGUGUAACCAAGUUUUAAAGAAAGCCCUCCUCGUCUUUCCUCACUUCUGUUUGGGCCGUGGGCUCAUUGACAUGGCAAUGAACCAGGCUGUGACGGACGUGUAUGCGCGCUUUGGUGAGGACUUCAGCUUGGAUCCCUUCAGCUGGGACUUUGUGGGGAAAAAUGUGACAUUUAUGGCAAUAGAGGGGUUUGUGUAUUUCACCCUAAACAUCAUAAUACAGCACAGAUUCUUCCUGGAGCACUGGAUGUCAGAUUAUAUAAAGCCGCCCAUAACUGAUGAAGAUGUGGAUGUGGCCAAGGAGAGAGAGAGGAUUUAUAAAGGCAAGACUUCCAGUGACAUCCUUCAGAUUAAAGACCUAUCAAAGACGUAUUCUGGAACUUUGAGACCAGCAGUGGAUCGGAUAUGUGUGGGAGUGUCUCCAGGAGAGUGCUUUGGACUUUUGGGUGUCAAUGGUGCUGGAAAAACUACCACGUUUAAAAUGCUGACAGGGGAUAUAGAUGUUACUUCAGGGGAAGCUGCUGUAACUGGUUACAGCAUUCUGACCAACAUCCUGGAUGUGCACCAGAACAUGGGCUACUGUCCUCAGUAUGAUGCUAUAGAUGACCUUCUGACAGGCAGGGAACAUCUGCAUCUGUAUGCACGGCUCAGAGGAGUCCCAGAAUCAGAGAUCAACAGAGUGGCUGAAUGGGGAAUCCGGAAGUUGGGUUUAUGUGAGUAUGCCGGCUGCAGUGCAGGCACUUACAGCGGAGGAAACAAGCGUAAACUCUCCACAGCUAUUGCAAUGAUUGGUUGUCCUGCUCUUCUGCUACUGGAUGAGCCAACCACAGGUAUGGAUCCCCAGUCUCGCAGGUUCCUCUGGAACUCCAUCAUGAGCGUUAUACAGGAUGGGAGGGCUGUAGUCCUUACCUCACACAGCAUGGAGGAAUGUGAAGCUCUAUGUACACGACUGGCCAUCAUGGUGAAUGGAACCUUUAAGUGUCUCGGCUCCAUCCAGCACUUAAAAUACAAAUUUGGUGAUGGAUACGUGGUCACCAUGAAAAUCAGGGCAGCCAAAGCGGGCCUGGUACCAGAUCUGAACCCGGCUGAAGCGUUUAUGGAGAGCACAUUUCCAGGCUGCAUUCAGCGAGAAAAGCAUUUUAAUAUUUUACAAUAUGAGAUCUCUUCCUCCUCUUUGGCCAAAAUCUUCCAACUAGUUUUGGCCAAUAAGGAAAGGCUGAAUAUCGAAGAUUACGCGGUUUCCCAGACGACCCUGGACCAGGUAUUUGUGAAUUUUGCCAAACAGCAGUCCGGAGAGGAUGAGACUAUUGUGUUGCACCCGAGGGCGGCCGGUGCCCGACGAGACGUGAGAGUCUUUCCUGCAAAAUCGAAAGCAUGAAAAUAUGGAGAUGUCGAACUGUUGCAGUGCCGAAGAAAAAUAAGGAAGAGAUUAAAAAAUGAUGUCUUGCGGUAAGACACAAAUCUGCUUUGCACACCUUCUUUGCUUGGCCUUGUUUAGAAAUUCAUCUACAUAAAAUACAGACACAACUAGACUGUAAUAGUAUUAUGAAAACUUUAGCACUUUAUUAUAUCUAUAUAAUUUUUUUACAAAAUGUUUAUUAUGAAAACAAAUUUAAUGUUGCAAUAGAAUUUAUUGCAAAGGCUUAUUGCUGUUUUUGAAAUGCAUAUUGCAUUAUGUGACAUAUUGCAAGUCGACUUAAUAAUAAUAAUAAUAAUAAUAAUAAUGUGUUUAACUGCAAUCAAACUGAAUAUUUAACAUUGAAUGUCCA